AUCAACAUGUUUCAUUACAACAUUAUGAGAUGUUAGGAUAAAAUAAACCAUAAAAUAAAAACGUUGGCAGAAUUCAUUUCGCAACACAGAAUCUUUGUCUCUGAUGUUCGUUAGAAAAUUUCCUCACUGGUAUAUCUCUCUUUCAUUCUCUCUCUAUAUUCUCACUCAAUUCAUCAUUAUCAAGUAGUACAUGAAAUGAUUAAUGUAUUGUAACUUUAGCAUCAUUACAUUACAUAAUCCUUAAACCAUGGCUACACUACUAAAUUCAGUUUCUCCAACUUCAAAUUUACAUGCAAAGUCAACGAUAAAUGGUUACAGUUUCUUAUAUACCAGUUUUCCAAAUCUUCACACUUUCCAUUUCAAGAAAAAUUGUUUUUCUAGAGAUUUGGUUUCGACCCACAACACUAUUCCUUCAAAAGAUUCAGUUUUUAACCUGCCCAAUUGGAAAGCUGGGAAGAAUGACCUAAAGGGAAAAGGAAAUAAACUGAAUGAAGCAUUUCUUCAUUUAGAACACAUGGUUGGUAAGGGUCAUAAGCCUGAGGUGACUCAAGCAACUCAUCUUUUGUAUGAUCUUUGCAAGUCUGGUAAAGCUAAAAAAGCUAUUAGGGUUAUGGAGAUUAUGGUAAGUUCAGGUACUAGACCUGAUCCUGCUUCAUAUACAUUUUUUAUUAAUUAUUUGUGUAGGAGAGGUAAUGUUGGGUAUGCAAUCCAAUUGGUUGAAAAAAUGGAAGGGAAUGGUUAUCCAACUAAUACUGCUACCUAUAACACUUUGGUUAAAGGGCUUUGUAGGCACGGGAAAUUGAAUCAGUGUAUGCAGAUUUUAGAUAGGUUGAUAAAGAAGGGUCUUGUACCGAAUGAAGUUACAUAUUCUAUCUUCCUCGAAGUUGCUUACAAGGAAAGGGGAGUAGAUGAAGCAAUGAAUCUGCUAGAUGAUAUAAUUGCGAAGGGUGGUAAGCCUGAUUUGUUUAGCUACAAUGUGUUGUUGACGGGGUUGUGUAAGGAAGGUAGAACCGAAGAAGCUAUUAAGCUUUUUAAAGAAUUGCCGGAAAAAGGGUUUAAACCUUCAGUUGUGAGUCAUAACAUUUUGCUAAGGAGUUUAUGCUCUGAAGGGCGAUGGGAGGAAGCGUACGAGCUUUUAGCAGUGAUGGAUAAAGAGGGUCAGGCUCCUUCUGACAUUACUUACAAUAUAUUAAUCACUUUUCUUUCUAUCGAAGGAAGAAUUGAACAAGCUUUCAAAGUUUUAGAUGAAAUGACAGGAAGUGGAUUCAAGUUGAGUGCUUAUAGCUAUAAUCCGAUUAUUGCCAGUCUCUGCAAGGAAGGGAAGGUGGGUCUUGUAGUUCAGUGUCUAGACGAAAUGACUAAUCGGCGCAUUCGUCAUACCGGAGUAACGUACUGUGCUAUUGCCUUGCUUUGUGAGCAAGGGAAGGUGAAGGAGGCUUUCUUAAUAUUUGAAAAAUUGGGUAAAAAACUAAACUACCCUAUUAAUGAUUUCUACAACAAAGUGAUUACAUUGUUGUGUAGGCAAAGCCAAACUUAUCCAGCUUUUCAGUUAUUAUAUCAAAUGACAAUGCAUGGAUUUACACCAGAUUCCUAUACUUACUCGUCUUUGAUAAGAGGAUUGUGUAGAGAAGGAAUGCUUGAUGAGGCUCUCGAGAUAUUCGGGAUUUUGGUAGAACAUCACUAUGUUCCUGAUGUUGAUAACUACAAUACACUUAUACUUGGAUUUAGCAAAUCUCAACAAGUAGACCUUUCAAUAGAGAUAUUUCAGAUGAUGGUCAAGAAAAGAUGCAUGCCAAAUGAGAUAACCUAUACCAUUCUUGUUGAAGGGCUUUGUUUUGAAGAAGAAAUGGAUUUAGCAGCUAACCUGUUGAAAGAGUUGUAUUCGAAAGGGGUUCUGAGUCAAAGUACUGUCGAAAGACUUUCUAUGUUAUACGACCUCAAGGAGUUAACAGGGUAGAGAAAUAUACACAAUCAAAGUAGGGAUUUUACCUCUUUCAGAUAUGAAAGUAGUUUUCUCAGCUUCCGUACUUGAACUUCUUAUAUAUUGUUUAUUUGUUAGUGAAACUAAGUUCUUGAAUGCUGAAAUUUUUGUUGAAUUUAUAAUUUAGAGAUGAGUUAUGAAAGUAUGAAAGUUUCAAUGCA